AUGGCGGAUCCGACGGGCGCGCGCAGAGCCCUGCGAAUCCUGCGCGAGGCGUCCGCCAUGACGCGCGGCAGGCGGGCGCGGAUGCUACUCGUGGCGUUGGUGGUUUUCGCGAUCAACUUCGCGCUGGUGAUGCUGCUGGCGCGUAUGGCCAGACCGGCGGUCAGUCUCGGCGCCACGGUACGGCCGUUCUAUGAGAUAGAGGAGAAUUCGACCAAGUCGGCAUCCGGCGGUGCGGAGGGGAAAGAGCUGUCGCUGCCGCCUCUGUGGAAACUCCACAUCACAGGGUUGCUCUUCUGGGAUGUGUCUACGGUUGUGGCAAUUUUCUUCUUCUGCAAGUGUUGUCUUCCAGGGGCAGGGCAACAUAGCUUAUGGAGUCAGUGCACGAGCGUGGCCAUGGCGAUAAUCGUGUGGGAGGUCACGUCCUCCUUCGCAUCGGGAGCCCUGGAAGCAAACGGGUUCCAAGACCUCUCCCACAAAUUCGAUGACAUCUUCGGCUCCGGGUAUCUUCUCACCGCCGUCGUCAUCGCGAGAGAGGACGUCCUUUGGUUUAGGGCGGUCGAGAGGGCGUGGGAGCUCGCGGCCCUCAGGAUCAAGGACGUGACCGCCAUCGGCGUCAUGGUUCUUCUGGUGGAGGCAGCCCUGGACCUCCUCUACCGCCUCGCGUGGAACAAUCGUCUCCGCGAGCGUGAGGUGAUUUUCUCCCUCGUCGCAGCCUUGCUCCACGUCGUUAUGCAGUCAUUCCUGUGCUGCAUGAUCCUGGCUCUCUACAACGAGGGCAACGGACACGAAGACUGA